AUUGAGGUUACGCCAGCGCGAGGGCAGGAAUCCCACAAUAGCAGGCGGAGGGAUUUUUUUUCUUUUUUUUCUUUCUCUUCUCUUUCUACCGGAGCACAGCCGAGCUGGUAGCCGUUUCAAUCACAGGGAAAGCGGCAGAGGGGAAGGCAGGCUCUGUGGAGGGAUGUAAGAUGGCAGAGCUACAAAUGCUGUUAGAGGAAGAGAUUCCUGCCGGUAAAAGAGCGCUCGUUGAGAGUUACCAAAACCUCACCAGAGUAGCGGACUACUGCGAGAACAACUAUGUCCAGGCCCAGGACAAGAGGAAAGCUCUGGAGGAGACCAAAGCCUACACCACCCAGUCGCUGGCCAGCGUGGCCUAUCAGAUCAAUGCCUUAGCCAACAAUGUCCUGCAGCUGCUGGACAUCCAGGCCUCGCAGCUGCGGCGCAUGGAGUCCUCCAUCAACCACAUCUCCCAGACGGUGGACAUCCAUAAAGAGAAGGUGGCCAGGCGGGAGAUCGGGAUCCUCACCACCAACAAGAACACGGCCAGGACCCAUAAGAUCAUCGCGCCGGCUAACAUGGAGCGGCCCGUCCGGUACAUCCGGAAGCCCGUCGACUACAACGUGCUGGACGACGUGGGCCACGGCGUCAAGUGGCUAAAAGCCAAGCAACUUGGAAACAACCAGUCAGUCAGAGGAGGAACUCUAUCAAGGACCAACCCGCCGACGCAGAAGCCGCCGAGCCCGCCCAUGUCGGGGCGCGGCACCAUCGGACGCAACACGUCCUACAAGACCCUGGAGCCCGUGAAGCCGCCCACGGUGCCCAACGACUACAUGACCAGCCCGGCCCGACUGGGCGCCCAGCACAGCCCGGGACGCACGGCGUCGCUCAGCCAGAGGCAACGCACACACAGUGGAAGCAGCGGGGGCAGUAGCAGCAGGGAGAACAGCGGCAGCAGCAGUAUUGGCAUUCCCAUCGCCGUGCCGACGCCCUCCAUCCCCAACCCUGGACCAGUCCCGCCCAUGUCUGCUCCCCCGGGAGCCCCUCCGCCUCCCCCUCCCCCACCACCUCCUCCUCCUCCUCCUCCUAUGGCCGGGCUCGGCCCCCCACCAGCAGCACCACCACCUCCACCACCUCUAGUGAUGGCCCCUGGCCCUGGUCUGGGACCCGCUCCGAUGUCCCAGUUUGGAACCAUUUCGCGGCAGAUUUCGCGGCACAACCCCUCCAACUCCUCCGUCUCCAUGGUGUCGGCCACCGGAACCUACCGCCGGGCGCCCUCGGUCACUUCCCAGUUCUCCUUGCAGCAGCAGCAGCAGCAGCUGCAGCUGCAGCAGCAGCAGCAGCAGCUACAGCAGCCUCACAUUAACGGAGGCACUCCGGGCUACGGCCAGAACUCAAUGUCUGUCGCCCCUCCUCCUCCCCCAAUGCCCCAGCUGACUCCACAGAUACCUCUGACUGGCUUUGUGGCCAGGAUGCAGGAGAGCAUUGCAGACGCUCCCACCCCGCCUCCCCCUCCGCCUCCCGACGAGAUCCCCAUGUUUGACGACGCCCCCCCGCCCCCGCCGCCUCCCCCGGUGGACUACGAGGAAGAGGACGCGGCCGUGGUGCAGUACAGCGACCCGUACGCCGACGGAGACCCCCAGUGGGCCCCCAAGAGCUACGUGGAGAAAGUGGUGGCCAUCUACGACUACAGCAGGGACAAGGACGACGAGCUGAGCUUCAUGGAGGGGGCCAUCAUCUACGUCAUCAAGAAGAACGACGACGGCUGGUACGAGGGCGUCUCCGGCAGCGUCACCGGGCUGUUCCCCGGCAACUACGUGGAGUCCAUCAUGCACUAUGUUGACUGAGGGGGGGGGGGGGGGGUCUAUUUAUUCAGUCAUAUUGUAAUCCGCUGAGAGACUGAACGCAGUCUUGACUGCUGACACAUAGACCUGUAAGAUCCUCCUCUUUUUUUUUUUUUACAUGACAGAAUGUUCUUUCCCUUACCGAUUGCAAAUAAAAUGAAAAGUAAUAUCUAUUUAGUUUAUUUUUUGGUGUUAUACGGGCGGGUUAGGGGUACGUUUAUGGAAAAAGUAGAAACUAAUGUUUCUGGAUAGUUGGACUUGAGAGACGACGGUCACACAGCUGAAGGAUGUACGACCUCAUCUUACCGAGACACAAGGUCGACCCGGGUGUCGGGGUCACGUGACCACCUUCGGAAGGAGAUGGCGUCCGGGUUUCUGUGCUGUGGAUUCAGUGGGUGUCUCAUUGUAAAAGAACGAUGGCCUGUCAAUGACUCACUAAUUUAAAAAGGGUUGUUUGGUAUUUCAAAGAUAAACGAUUCCUCCGGAGAAUCAAAGCAUGCAGAAUUUUAAAGAGAUCAAAUGUAAUCUUACGUUUUCUUGCUUCUGUUAUGUUGUAAAUGUAUUUACCUUUUUAAUUUUUGUUACACUGUUGAAAUCACUGAACUUUUUUUAGACUGAGAUGCAUUUUCAAGCUUCCCCACACUUCCUAAACGCUCACUUGCAUUCGGACUUUAAAUCUCAAAGGAAGUUGAAAUGCAUUUGGAUCCGUUUGAAGCAACAUUCCAUAUUUUGUAACCCGCAUGGUCAUGGGCUCCAUUUUGGCUUGUGAUGGACAGCGUGACAACUGAACGCAGACCAAUGAAACAAAUACCUCCACUCUGCACAGGUUUUAAAAUCCAUAUCGGCUGUCACUCAGGUCCAAAGUUCAUCUUGACCACAAUGUAGUUCUUCUGUCGGCCCUCCAACGUACCAUCACAUGACAACUUCUUUUUUUUCUUUUUUGAUACUUCAGUUUCUGCCUUGAUUUGUCACCCGCUUGCUUUAUGUAUUUUCAAUUUCUGAAAUCAUGUCCCGGAUAAUUUCAUCGGUGGAAAUAUUCAGAUCUCCAUCUGCCCUUUAUUUUGUACAUAUAAUAUGUUGAUGGAAAAAAGUAAUGUACAGUCUUUUAUAAUAAACAAUUCUAUGUACAA